AGCUGGUGCCAAAGGGGAGCGGAGCAGGACAGCCUGGGGAGAGGACCACUGUUAGAGCUGGGCCUGCGCUGCUGGGGCCGGAUCGGUCUCAGCAGAGAGGAGAGCCAGAAGGUCAUGCAUGUCCUUUCCUGAAAUAGAGGCCCAAUUACCUUAAAUGAGAAUAAUCAUAAAGCUAAACUAUGUGAGUGAGCGAGUGUGUGAUUGAGAGGUGGAGAGUGAACUGUGUGAUCAUGUCAAUGUGCUGUUUCUUUUUUGUUGCAUUCAGUCACUAAAUGCACAAUAUGAGCUUUUCCCGACUGCACAGUGUACUCGUCCUGGCAAUCCCUGAUGUGUGUGUGUUCAUAUGACACAGAUGUUUGUCAAGCUGACCAGAGUUCUUGUAGUAGAACAUUCAAUGAUUAGCUUUGGCAUCAACUACUAUCAACAGUGUACAGUAAAAAGGAUAUCAAACAUUCAGAUCUGUAUUGACAUAGGCUUAAUCAUGUGAAGUUACAAAACCUCUAGGACUUAGUCAUCACUCAAGUUUAACAACGGAUGUAGGUUACAUUGUUAGUGUGUACGCACCUCUCGACCGUUGCGAUACGUUUUAUUUGGCACAACCGUUGUUGACAAAUGUAUUACAUAUCCGUUUCUUCCACCUGUGUGUGGACUAAGCCUGUUCAUGCUACAAUUUAUGUCAGUCACUCUAAAUCUAAAUAUGAACUUGAGUGAUCUUAAUUUUACUCAAUACUAAGUCAUAUUUAAGCCAGGAAUCAUCAACUAUACUGAACAAAAAUAUAAAUGCAAUAUGUAAAGAGUUGGUCCCAUGUUUCAUGGAAAUAAAAUAUCCCAGAAAUGUUCCAUAUGCACAAAAAGCUUUCUUCUUUCACAUUUUGUGCACAAAUUUGUUUACAUCCCUGUUAGUGAGCAUUUCUCCUUUGCAAAGAUAAUCCAUCCACCAGACAGGUGUGGCAUAUCGAGAAGCUGAUUAAACAGCAUGAUCAUUACACAGGUGCACCUUGUGCUGGGGACAAUAAAAAGCCACUCUAAAAUGUGCAGUUUUGUCACACAACACAAUGCCACAGAUGUCUGAAGUUUUGAGGGAGCGUGCAAUUGACAUGCUGACUGCAGGAAUGUCCACCAGAGCUGUUGCCAGAUAAUUUAAUGUUCAUUUCUCUACCAUAAGCCGCCUCCAACGUCGUUUUAGAGAAUUUGGCAGUAUGUCCAUCCGGCCUCACAACCAUAGACCACAUUUAACCAUGCCAGCCCAGGACCUCAACAUCCGCCUUCUUCACCUGCGGGAUCGUCUGAGACCAGCCACCCAGAGAGCUGAUGAAACUGAGGAGUAUUUCUGUCUGUAAAAAAUCCCUUUUGUUGAGAAAAAGUCAUUCUAAUAGGCUGGGCCUGGCUCCCCAGUGGGUGGGCCUGACUCCCAAGUGGGUGGGCCUAUGCCCACCCAUGGCUGCGCCCCUGCCCAAUCAUGUGAAAUCCAUAGAUUAGGUGCUAAUUAAUUUAUUUCAAUUGACUGUAACUCAGUAAAAUCGUUGAAAUUGUUGCAUGUUAUGUUUAUAUUUUUGUUCAGUAUAGAUUCAGCCACAGGGCCAAUUUUUUAUUGAGUGGAUGGUUGGUGGGCCGGAACAUAAUUACAAAUAAUUUGUAGACUGCAAAUUGAACGCAAGAAGCCCAAACAGAUAUAAUGUUUGACUAAAACAUAAUAAUUUCAAACCUUGCUCACAUUUGUAAACGAUCACGUGUCUCUCUAUUAUGGGUGGGAAUACUUGGAAACAGAUUUUUUUAAUUAAAUUCAGUUGGAGCUUAUUUCUUGGUAUUUUUACAGUAUUUUAUGUCCAACAAUAAAAAUCCCACACCAAAAAAAGAUUUUGUAAGAAAAUGUGGGGGUCCAAAUAAAACCACCGGCUAUACCCACACCGUAUCUGUGUGCUGUUGGCUAGAGCAGAGGUGCCAAUAACGGAGUGGGCACAAUAGCUAUAUAACGCAAUUUUUUUGUGACAAAAACAUCAGUAGAGUUGAAAAUACAAUGGAAACCCAUUUAACUUGUAUUUUUUAAUCUGUACAUGGGAAUUUAAACGCAAGAUCCCGGCCAUCAUCUUACUCUACAUAGACAAAAUAUGAUGUUUAUGAGUUGUGAGUCCCCCUACCAUCAGAUUUCAAAUAUGUGAUUAAGGUGGCAAAAUUGGGAAUAAGUGGAAUAAUAAAAUAAGUGUGGGGAAUAACAGUAGUGUUCUUGCUGACAAGCACAGUAAUUACCCUAUAUUUUAGCUCAUUGUUAAGAAUUAGAAUUGUUCCACUGAUCAGACUAAAUAAAGUAAAUACAUAAUAAAAAUAUGUCCUCAGUGGUGGAAAAAGUACCCAAUUGUCAUACCUGAGUAAAAGUUAAAAUACCUUAAUAGAAAAUGACUAAAGUAACAGUGAAAGUCACCCAGUAAAAUACUACUUGAGUAAGUCUAAAAGUAUAAAAAGUAUUUGGUUUAAAAUAUAAUAAUAAGCCAUUUAGCAGACGCUUUUAUCCAAAGCGACUUACAGUCAUGUGCGCAUACAUUUUUACGUAUGGGUGGUCCCGGGGAUCGAACCCACUACCCUGGCGUUACAAGCGCCAUGCUCUACCAAUUGAGCUACAGAGGACCACAUAUACUUAAGUAUUUAAACUAACUGUAAUUGCUAAAAUGUACUUAAGUAUCAAAAGUAAAAGUAUAAAUCAUAUGAAAUUCCUUAUAUUAGGCAAACCAGACAACACGGUUUUCUUUUUUUACGGAUAGCCAGGGGCACACUCCAACACUCAGACAUAAUUUACAAACGAAGCAUUUGUGUUUAAUGAGUCCGCCAGAUCAGAUGCAGUAGGGAUGACCAGGGAUUUUUUCUUGGUAAAUGCUUGAAUUGGACAAGUUUCCUGCUUCAAAAUGUAACAAGUACUUUUGGGUGUCAGGGCAAAUGUAUGGAGUAGAAAGUAUAUUAUUUUCUUUAGGAAUGUAGUGGAGUAACAGUAAAAGUUGUCCAAAAUAUAAAUAGUAAAGUAAAGUACAGAUACCCCAAAAAACGACUGGGGACAUUAAGUAGUACUUGAAAAUAUUUUUACUUAAGUACUUUACACCACUUUCUGUCCCUACACUCUAACCAAAUAAUUGUUACAUUUAUUGUCCCCCCUCUAGAAUCAAACGUACACUUUUGGGUUAACAAUCUGUUAGACAAAAUUAUUUUCAUAGUUACAAAUCAGGUCACCCUACCAAACUUCCCUCCUAAAACAUCCUGUAGGUCUCUGUCUGCUGCCUUUUCGUUAUCACCGCCUAAAUGCCAAUCACCAAACGAGAGGACUAAUGUAAGUGUGGAUUAAAUCGACUUUAGUACAUGCUGUCAAAAGGCUGCAUUCUGCAAAAGGGACGGGAGUAACAGCAACCAAAUUUUAUUGACAACAUUUUACAUAAAAACAGCGCUACCGUGAUACUCUUUUUACAGUUCUAUAAACUCAGCUGAGAAAGUUAUCUCUCUCCAUUCAGAUCCACUCUAAUCUUGAGGGGAGUUUCUUUAAAAUAUGCAUCCAAUCCCCUUGAACCCUUAUGUAACUAGACCAAUCAUAUGCUUCAAUGUGCCGCGGUUCACGGUGCUGUGGCAGGACAGAACAAUGAUAAAGGUUCAUCUCGUGAUGUUAAAUUGAAGGUGCAGAUGCUUCUAUUUCAAAGCGAUAUGGAGCACCGUUGAAAAGUUAACGCGCUGAUUAUACAAUGGACUAAUUAGAAAAAUUAAAGAAGUACUUUUCAAUGCGUGAGAUAUAAGAGAAGAGGGUCAAAUGGUUGUGUCUCAUGGCCAAUGCGUGAGAGUAGGCAGCUCUGGCUAAUCUUUUGAAUACGGUCUAGUAAAAAAUAAAUUACAGCAACAACAGAUAACAUUAGCUAGCUAGAUAAGGUUAGCAGCAUGCUAGCUAGCUACACUGACAACUGUUAGUGCCCUAUUUAUUGAUGUUUAUCAACUGCACAUGGAAAUGAGCUGGGAAAUUCCUCUUUUGAACGCGGCAUUAAAAGCACCAAUAUAAGUAGCCUUUGUCAUUCUUCGGAGGUGGAAUCUAAAAGUGCAUUUCCUCCCGUUGAAAUAGUGAUGGCAACUUGACGCUAAUAUUUAUGUAAACUCUUUGGAAUUGUGAACUGUGGUUGUCACUGAGUAGGCUACCCAUUCCAUUGGGUGCACACUCCCAUAGGUAAGGCUGUACAGUCCAAUAUGAAUGUUCCAUACACACAAUAGGUGAGCUAAUGUGGCUUAUUUCACAGUGGCUUCAGUCCUGCAAUAAGAGCUAUGACGCUAAUAUUGGUGUAAACUACGUAGUUGUGUUCUGUGGGUGUCACUAGGUAGACUGAUACCCCAUUCCAUGGGUGCACACUAUAUAGGUAAGGCUUUACAGUCCAAUAUGAAUGUUCAAUAUGCACAAUAGUUUGACUGGUGAGCUGUGGCUCAUUUCACAGUGGUGUCAGAGUCGUUCAAUAAGAGCUAUGAUGAUAAAAUUUGCGUAAACUACAUAGUUGUGUGCUGUGGAUGUCACUGAGUAGGCUGGUACCCCAUUUCAUGGGUGCACACUCUAUAGGUAAGGCUGUACAGUGCAUAUGCCCCCAAUGCAAGUAUGCAGUCUAAUACAUCCACAGUGGGAUCUGAAGAGUUUUUGGAAUUAUUCCAGUAUUUGUAGCUGUUUGAAUCAGUUUCAAUGACGGGCUUUUAUUUUGAAGGCAAAUUCCACUAUUGUGGCUAAUCCUUAUUGUGGCUAGCUUCACAGAUAGUCGUAUGAGUUCUACAAUAGGGAAGGGCAUGGUAGCAUGGACUGGAGUUUGACAGGUAAGAUCCACAACGCCGGGCUGAAUAUCGGGAACCAAACUUUGUGAUUGUCAGGCCAGGUCUGGACAAUUUGCCGUCAGUUUUGUGUCCAAUAGCCUACUCCGUUUAUAAUUGGUUAUUGAUGUUGAAAUUAAUUGAGCGUCUCCGGUUGAGGUUUUUCGUGAAGAGUUUACCGUGUUGCGCAAUCUCAAGUUGGUAACGUUUAUUUUAAAUGAGUUCACUCGUCAGCCAAGAUAGAUUUGUAUUAGACUAUAAUUUAAUGCGCCUUGGAUUUGUUGAUAGUAGGACUACUUUAGCCCAAUAUUAGUAGGCCUACUUUAGCCCAAUACUAUACUGAACAAAAAUAUAAAAGUAACAAUUAACGAUUUUACUGAGUUACAGUUCAUAUAAGGAAAUCAGUCAAUUGAAAUAAAUUCAUUAGGCCCUAAUCUAUGGAUUUCACAUGACUGAGCAGGGGUGCAGCCAUGGCCCACCCACUGGGGAGCAAGGCCCACCCACUGGGGAACCAGGCCCAGCCAAUCAGAAUGAGUUUUCCCCCCACAAAAGGGCUUCAUUACAGGCAGAAAUACUCAUCAGUUUCAUCAGCUGUCCGGGUGGCUGGUCUCAGGUGAUCCCGGGGGGGAAGAAGCUGGAUGUGGAGGUCCUGGGCUGGCUUGGUUACACAUGGUCUGCGGUUGUGAGGCUGGUUGGACAUACUGCCAAAUUCUCUUAAACGACGUUGGUGGUAGCUUAUGGUAGAGAAAUUAACAUUUAAUUCUCUGGCAACAGCGCUGGUGGACAUUCCUGCAGUCAACAUGCCAAUUGCAUGCUCCCUCAACUUGAGACAUCUGUGGCUUUGUUGUGUGACAAAACUGCACAUUUUAGAGUGGCCUUUUAUUGCCUUUUAAUGAUCGUGCUGUUUAAUCCGCUUCUUGAUAUGCCACACCUUUCAGGUAGAUUAAUUAUCUUGGCAAAGGAGAAAUGCUCACUAACAGGGAUGUAAACAAAUUUGUGCACAAAAUCUGAGAGAAGUAAGCUUUUUGUGCGUAUGGAACAUUCCUGGAAUCUUUGAUUUCACCUCAUGAAACAUGGGACCAACACCUUACAUGUUGCGUUCAUAUUUUUCUUCAGUAUUGUAGGCCUACUUUAGCCCAAUAUUAGUAGGCCUACUUCAGCUCACUUUGCGUUUUUGAUCUAAUAGAUUACACAUUCUAUGUUAUUCAUAUAUUUGUUUCAUUCUGCUUUACGUAGUCAAACACCUGAUGUGAGCCCAUGUUCUGCAUUUUUCUAAAAAAUCUGAGUGGUAUCAUUUUCCACCCUCUAGCCUAUAGUUAAAGGGAUAGUUCACCCAAAUAACAAAAUUACCAAAAUGGUUUCCUUACCCUGUAAGCAGUCUAUGGACAAGGUAUGACAGAGAUCCAUGCUUUGGUUUUGUUUACCUUGCCGCUGUCUCCAAAAGCUACAUUUUCUUUAAGACAUUUGUGGCACAAAGCCAAUGCAAGUCAAUAUCUCUGAUAUUAGCAUUUUUCACAUGUCAUAUGCAAAGCAUCGUAGCAUUGAUCAAAGCAUGGAUUUCAUUUGUGUAUCACCUUGUCCAUAGACUGCUUACACGGUAAGGAAACCAAUAUACACUGCUCAAAAAAAUAAAGGGAACACUUAAACAACACAAUGUAACUAAGUCAAUCACACUUCUGUGAAAUCAAACUGUCCACUUAGCAAGACACCCCCAAUAAAGUACUGGUUUUGCAGGUGGUGACCACAGACCACUUCUCAGUUCCUAUGCUUCCUGGCUGAUGUUUUGGUCACUUUUGAAUGCUGGCGGUGCUUUCACUCUAGUGGUAGCAUGAGACGGAGUCUACAACCCACACAAGUGGCUCAGGUAGUGCAGCUCAUCCAGGAUGGCACAUCAAUGCGAGCUGUGGCAAGAAGGUUUGCUGUGUCUGUCAGCGUAGUGUCCAGUGCAUGGAGGCGCUACCAGGAGACAGGCCAGUACAUCAGGAGACGUGGAGGAGGCCGUAGGAGGGCAACAACCCAGCAGCAGGACUGCUACCUCCGCCUUUGUGCAAGGAGGAGCAGGAGGAGCACUGCCAGAGCCCUGCAAAAUGACUUCCAGCAGGCCACAAAUGUGCAUGUGUCUGCUCAAACGGUCAGAAACAGACUCCAUGAGGGUGGUAUGAGGGCCCGACAUCCACAGGUGGGGGUUGUGCUUACAGCCCAACACCGUGCAGGACGUUUGGCAUUUGCCAGAGAACACCAAGAUUGGCAAAUUCGCCACUGGCGCCCUGUGCUCUUCACAGAUGAAAGCAGGUUCACACUGAGCACAUGUGACAGACGUGACAGAGUCUGGAGACGCCGUGGAGAACGUUCUGCUGCCUGCAACAUCCUCCAGCAUGACCGGUUUGGCGGUGGGUCAGUCAGGGUGUGGGGUGGCAUUUCUUUGGGAGGCCGCACAGCCCUCCAUGUGCUCGCCAGAGGUAGCCUGACUGCCAUUAGGUACCGAGAUGAGAUCCUCAGACCCCUUGUGAGACCAUAUGUUGGUGCGGUUGGCCCUGGGUUCCUCCUAAUGCAAGACAAUGCUAGACCUCAUGUAGCUGGAGUGUGUCAGCAGUUCCUGCAAGAGGAAGGCAUUGAUGCUAUGGACUGGCCCGCCCGUUCCCCAGACCUGAAUCCAGGAGCAUGCCCAGGCGUUGUAGGGAGGUCAUACAGGCACGUGGAGGCCACACACACUACUGAGCCUCAUUUUGACUUGUUUUAAGGACAUUACAUCAAAGUUGGAUCAGCCUGUAGUGUGGUUUUCCACUUUAAUUUUGAGGGUGACUCCAUGGGUUGAGGGUGACUCCAUGGGUUGAUAAAUUUGAUUUCCAUUGAUAAUUUUUGUGUGAUUUUGUUGUCAGCACAUUCAACUAUGUAAAGAAAAAAGUAUUUAAUAAGAUUAUUUCAUUCAUUCAGAUCUAGGAUGUGUUAUUUUAGUGUUCCCUUUAUUUUUUUGAGCAGUGUAUAAUUUGGGUGAACUAUAUCUUUAACUGUAGCAAUUGAGGUAGUACUCUCAGAUAUUGAACCAGCAACAUCCUGAGCUUCUGUGCCAUAAAAGUCCAGGCAUCAUGACAGACUUGGCUAUAGUACACUUCCAUACAGAGAGGGUACUCUGACACCCAUGGUUCAAUGUUGUGUGUUUAUGUCCCCAUCUUCCAUAGCAAGCUUAUGUGUAGCCUAUGCUAUUACAGCUAUCAAUCUCCUCUUGUUGUUUCUGCAGGGUGACAUACUGUCUGUAGCGAUGGAGGAUUUUUGGGUGGUGGUCCUGGCAUGUCUGAAGGUGUGGGUCUACCUCAUUGUGGCUCUUCUCAUGGUGCCCGCAAUGUUUGGCUUCUCCCUGGGCAUCUCUGAGACAUACAUGAAGAUCCUGGUCAAAACACUGGAGGUAAACUGCCUCUGUUCAGAACUCUGUAAAAGCUGGUAAACUGCAUCACUCGGACAACAUGAGGGGCACAGCUUCAUGCGUCUAUAGUUGUUUUAAAUGUUGGCUAUUCAUCAUGCCCUAAAUGUAAGACUUGUGUCCUUAAUGUAUGUAUUUAUACUACAACAUUAGUGAGGGAGAAAAAAUCGAUAGUUUCAUAUCGGGAUAUUAGUUUCUUUGACUCGCAAUAUUAUUUUGAGCUGGUGGGCUGUACCUGCACCAAAACUUCAGUGUUUUUCCUUCAUAGCUUGUUCUCCAUCUUCUUCUAUAUGGAGCCAAUUUGUUUUCAGCACUUUUAUUUCCACGACUGAUCAAAACUUGUUUUCUCAUGGCUCUCUCUUGUCCCUCUGCAGCAGACAUAUGGUGAGCAAUAUGUUUGGAACAUCGAAUCGCAAUAAAAUCACAGUAUCGAAUCGCAAUACAUAUAGUAUCGUGAGAAUUGCAAUACAUUAGUAUUGGCACCUAUGUAUCAUGACAAUAUCGUAUUGUGAGGUCCCUGGUAAUUCCCAGCCCUACAAAAUAUAAUAAUAUUGUACACAAAACACAAAUUAAUGACUUGGCCAGUGGGCUAGCCAUGGUCUUUCUUUACAUUGGAGAUUGUAUCAGUUUCUGGAAUGCUGGAACUCAAUCCCGUUUUCUUACUUAUGUUUAUGAUCAAGAAAUACAUUGUCACUGCACUGUCAUGAUCAGCCCACCUAAACAUGUUUAAUGUGUAGGGAAAGUCUACACUACACAACGAUCAAUUAGCACAACUCUGCACAUGUGCCUUAGGUAUAGAACUGACAUAAUUUUUUACAGAAAAGCAUGUAUGUUCUACACCGUACUUUUCCAUCUGAACAUUCUGUAACCCUGUGGCCUCCUGAAUAAUAAUAAUAAUAAUAAUAACCUUUCAAACACUGUCCAGGGGCUUAUCUGGGGUGAGAGUUUAGGGAUGAAUAUGUGUAUGUCCUUUCUCUCCUGUCCUGCUGUGGGUCAGGGGGUGAGAGGUCAAAGGCUAAAGAUAAUUCUAAUCUCUCCUGUUCUCCAGUGGGCCACGUUGAGGAUCCAGAAAGUCAACAAAGAGCAGCGUAUAAUCAAAUCCUCAUCCAACGGUGAGUCAAUGAGCAGAGCUCUCACAGUGAUCAAUGGAUUCAUUUUCUUGAUCGAUUGAUGGAUGGAUGGGUGGAUAGAGAUUGAUUUACUCAUUGGUCUCUGAGAUAAGGAAAUGAUCGUGGGGAUUCCCUAAAGUUGCAUGGUUGAUAUUUUAGGCUUACAAGUCUGGCCAAUGUGUGGGAAAGAGAAACCUCAAUGUUUUCAGUGAGUCCCUUUACCCUUGAGAAACUCAUAAAGAAACAUAUUAUACAGUAUGUUGUUCUCUGUUUCAGUUCAGUCUUUUCCUCUCUCUCAACGACACUGGUUCCCAAAGCCACUGUUGUUUGUCUGCUGCAUUCAGAAUCUCAUUUACAUGUAAAGUGCCUUAGAAAAAAUCCUGUAUCUUAGUGUACCAUAGUAGUUAAACAGGAUUUUCCUCUGUUGAGUGCAUUGAAAUCAGGCCUGACAUGAUAUUUUUAGUCAGCUGUCAAUGGUUGAAAUACUGUAAAUUGAUAAUAGGUUGCAUUUAUAAUAUAGGUAUUUUCAAUGUGCUCAAGGCACGUUAGAUGGUAUGGGAUGGGGUAACCUAUAUGAAAUUAUAAACUGGAUGGUUUAAGCCCUGAAUGCUGAUUGGCUGACAUUGGUAUACCACGGGUAUGACAAAACAUUAAUUCUUACUGCUCUAAUUAUGUUGGUAACCAGUUUAUAAUAGCAAUAAGGCACCUCGGGGGUUUGUGGUAUAUGAUCAAUAUACCACGGCUAAGGGCUGUAUCCAGGCCCUCCGCGUUGUGUUGUGCCUAAGAACAGCCCUUAGUCGUGGUAUAUUGGCCAUAUACCACACCCCCUCGGGCCUUAUUGCUUAAUUAUACCACUGAGAACCUAGAGACAGUGUCAACCUGAUUUAUAGUGCUUGGCAGGGGCUUGCAGUGGAGAAGGCUUGGAGCAGUCUCUUGAGUAGCAGACGGUGAUUGUGAGCAUUUACAAUGUGCUGUGCUGUAUGAUGUGGCUCUGGGCUGGCUGCCUAUCUAUCCACUGAUGCAAUCACUUCACAAUCAGCAGUCUUAUAGGUUUGUCAGGGAGAAAUUCAAUAAAACUUGCAGUGCUGUGUUCACUAGCUAGCACAGCACAUCAAGAUGCUCUUUUAAUUUGUUAUAUAUAAACUCACAUGAUGGUUUCUAUAUUGUACUCCCGUCACUUGUACUUGAGAUGCUGGUUGUAGUUUUCAAAGAAAGCAAAUGGGUUACAGCAUAAACAUUGCUUUGGCAGGAUUGAUUGAAUUCAGCACAAAUUCAGUCACUCAGUCUCUCUCUCCUGAACUUUGCCUUGUGCGUUAUCAGAUUGAGUCUCCUCAGCUGAUUUCACUGCCUUCAGACCUCUUAGAGGGAGGGAUACACUUUGUGGUGGGGUAAUCUGAUACUAGACCUGUGAUUACCUCAAGAUGAAAAGAAAGGAGCCCCAUUUAGCUCUUGUGUUAUCUGAAGUGGUCCCAGGUCAUAAAAGUGCAUGUUUGAUGGCCUGUCAUUUCUUAUGGAUUCUGUAGGAAAAUGGUAGUGGUGAUUAAACCUGUUUAGUAUAAGGAUUGGGGUUGUGGUUAGCGGUCAUGUUGUUUCUAUGAAGAGAUUCUUCCACUCAGCUAUCAGCCCAGAAUAUCUCUAUCUCUCAAUAUGGGGCAACAGUGUGAGUUAGUUGGUGACACUCUCUUAAAUGUGUUGCAGUUCUCUGACUUGCUCCCUCGACAGAUCCUAACAUGUCCACGGUGGUUUGACAUAUUCAUGAAAACGUAUUGGACUUUGAAGCUCUUUGUUUGUGACACUGUGAAUGUUGUCUGUAUCGAUGGUAAAAUAUCAAACUAAUUCAUCGUCCUUAUCAACUACAGAUAGUGGUACGAUAUGAUCACAUCUGAAAAUAAUAUAUCAUGGAUUAGGUGAUAUCUUUGUGUGUGUGUGUGGGGGGUUUUCCAGGCCUCAUCCAGAGGGAUGAUGGUUCUAUGGAGGAGGAGCUGGGGGAGUUGAGGCGUAGUCGCCCCAAACCACCAGUGGGAGGAGACUUCACCCUCAGCGACUGUUUCUACUUCUACAGACGAGGCAUCGAGGACAUCGUAGAGGAUGAGGUGAGAUCACACACUAGAAUAAGAUUGAUGCCUAAUUCCAAAUGUACCCCUAACCCCUAAUCCUAGACAUUUCAUGAUGGCCCCUAGUAAAUCUGAGCAAUACAGUAAUACCUAACCCUCUGGUAGGCUAGGAUGAGUUUCCUAUUUAUUGCCUUUACUGCACACAUAUCCAGUCCUUUCAAAUCAAUUAAGGAUGUGUUUAGGGCCAGGGGUUGAUUCAGGAUUGGGCAAAACAGUACAACAUCUAUUAAAAGUCCAGACUUUCUUUCUGUCCAGGUAGGACUACAUUGUUUGUAAUGUUGUUCCUCUGAUCUCAAGGUGACCCAGCGGUUUUCAUCAGAGGAGCUGGUGUCGUGGAACCUGCUGACUCGGACCAACAUCGACUUCCAGUACAUCAGCCUCAAACUGACCAUGGUUUGGGGACUGGGUGUGUUCAUACGCUACUGCAUCCUGGCUCCAUUCAGGUAACACCUAGGAGUGUGAAAUCAUUCAUCAUCACUGUGUUCCCCUAUAGUAAGGCCUCAGCUCUCUUACAGUUCACAUCCCUGAACCAAACAUACCUGCCAUGCACCAGUAAUAUUAAAUGCAGUGCUUACCACAAAUAAUCCAGCUAGUGGCUGAAUAGACAGGAUUCAUAACCAACCAAUAUCAAUAGUGUGGAGCACAGGAGGCUGCUGAGGGGAAAACGGCUCAUAAUAAUGGCCGGAACAGAGCAAAUGGAAUGGCAUCAAACACCUGGAAACCAUGUGUUUGAUGUAUUUGUUACCAUUCCUCUCCAGUAAUUACCACGAGCCAGUUCUCCACAAUUAAGGUGCUACCAACCUCCUGUGGAGUGUUGUGUAGUAGACAAUUCAUUUGUUGUCUCAUGACCAGCAUAAUGUUGUAGUGUCAUGUAUGUUCAUGAGUGAGAAUGUUUUCUUUCAGGAUCACGCUGGCGUCUAUAGGCCUGACCUGGCUGGUGAUAGGAACCACUGCUGUAGGAUUCCUACCCAACUGGAGGUACAGUUACACUGCUUUUAAUCUACAGGUUCACACAGGAUUAUUUAAAAGACUGAGACAUUCCUCUCGUCAUUGUGUUUGUCAUCUUCAAGGUAGCAUCUUGUGUGUGUGUGUUUUGUAGGCUGAAGUACUGGCUGAGCGAUUGGGUCCAUGUGAUGUGCUACAGGAUCUGUGCCAGAGGCCUCUCCUGCACCAUCCACUACUAUAACAAGUCGGUUAACUGUCCUCUCCUCUCACAUCGAUACUCAGCAGGCUAUCACACACCAUCCUGUCCCCCAGUGACCCUACUGUUGGUCCUCGUGAUGUGUGCAGAGAGAUUGUUUUCAAUGUAAGAUGCACGUCUUUCACUUUAACGUGUGUGUGUGGCCUUUAUCUUGUUUUACAGAGAAAACAGACCCAGAAAAGGAGGAAUCUGUGUGGCCAAUCACACCUCCCCGAUUGAUAUCAUGAUUCUCUGCAACGACGGGUGUUACGCCAUGGUAUGUAAAACAAAGCAGACAUUAAGCCUCACUUUAAAUGGCUGAACUGUGUGAAAGUUGUUGAUUGACACUCAAUUGACUGCUUUCUCUCUGUGUAGCCUGUUUUUAUUUUGUACACAUUUUAUUCAUUUUUGUAUAACUUACACAUUUAUCUGUGCCAAUUUACUACUUUAUACUUCUUUAAUCCUAAUCAGGUGAAUUGUCUGUGAAAGGUAUUAUGAGGACGUUAGAUGUGAUUUGAUCUGAUGUGUUUUAGGUGGGCCAGUCGCAUGGUGGUCUGAUGGGAGUGCUGCAGAGGGCCAUGGCCAGGUCCUGUCCUCACAUCUGGUUUGAGAGAGCUGAUAUGAAAGAUCGCCACCUAGUGGCCAAGAGGUGAGCUUACCUGUUCACUGUUAACAGACAGUGGGUUGGGCAUGUUCUUGGCGCCAGACACUGGUAUUCCUACCUCUACCUACAAUGUUCAGACAAGCACUGACAUGCCCAUUGAAAAUUGCUACAGCAAAUAAUCAGUCAUAUCAUAGGUAUUCACUUAUCUCAUCAUAAUUCCUCAUCCUGAUAAUGUACUCCAGCCAGACAGAUUACUUACAGUAUGUUCUCUGCUUUACAAGUGCUUGUCAGAAAAUGAACUCUAGCACAUUCAUGCACAAAUGUAUUAGUCACAAGUCAUUGCCGUUGACAAUUAGGGAUAUAAUUUAACACUGACAUUUUCUCAAAUGGACAUACAUUAUAGUUCCAGUUGGAGCUAUGUUCAUACUCCUCCCAGAUAUAAAGUUAGGUUUUCUAACGGUUGUUAAUGUUUACAGGUUGACGGAUCACGUGAAUGACAAGACAAAGCUUCCUAUAUUGAUCUUUCCAGAAGGUGGGUUACAUUUUGUUUGGAUAGUCCAUCUGUAGAUGCUCUACAUUCUAUCAGCAACAGUUAAACUAUCUACUAACCCUAACCCUAGCUCUGACCUUAACCCUAAACGUAACCCUUACCCUUAUUCUAACCCUAGCAAGCAGUUGCUUAUCAACAGAUAGUUUGUUGUUAGUUUGACCAUCUGUAGAGUAUCUACAGAUGGAUAAUCCAGAGUAUCCAAAUAAAGUGUGACCGGUAAGUGCUACAAUGGCCCAAAUGGAUUAGGAUGAAGUUGCCCUUAGACACUGAUCUAAGCCAAGGUCAGUUUUGCAUUGGUUAGGAUAAACUGCAUUGGGGUUGCUAUAUAUAUAUAUAUAUAUAUAUAUAUAUAUAUAUAUAUAUAUAUAUAUAUAUAUAUAUAUAUAUAUAUAUAUAUAUAUAUACACAGUGAGGAGAACAAGUAUUUGAUACACUGCCAAUUUUGCAGGUUUUCCUACUUACAAAGCAUGUAGAGGUCUGUAAUUUUUAUCAUAGGUACACUUCAACUGUGAGAGACAGAAUCUAAAACAAAAAUCCAGAAAAUCACAUUGUAUGAUUUUUAAGUCAUUAAUUUGCAUUUUAUUGCAUGACAUAAGUAUUUGAUACAUCAGAAAAGCAGAACUUAAUAUUUGGUACAGAAACCUUUGUUUGCAAUUACAGAGAUCAUACGUUUCCUGUAGGUCUUGACCAGGUUUGCACACACUGCAGCAGGGAUUUUGGCCCACUCCUCCAUACAGACCUUCUCCAGAUCCUUCAGGUUUCGGGGCUGUCGCUGGGCAAUACGGACUUUCAGCUCCCUCCAAAGAUUUUCUAUUGGGUUCAGGUCUGGAGACUGGCAGGCCACUCCAGGACCUAGAGAUGCUUCUUACGGAGCCACUCCUUAGUUGCCCUGGCUGUGUGUUUUGGGUCGUUGUCAUGCUGGAAGACCCAGCCACGACCCAUCUUCAAUGCUCUUACUGAGGGAAGGAGGUUGUUGGCCAAGAUCUCGCGAUACAUGGCCCCAUCCAUCCUCCCCUCAAUACGGUGCAGUCGUCCUGUCCCCUUAGCAGAAAAGCAUCCCCAAAGAAUGAUGUUUCCACCUCCAUGCUUCACGGUUGGGAUGGUGUUCUUCGGGUUGUACUCAUCCUUAUUCUUCCUCCAAACACGGCGAGUGUUUAGAUCAAAAAGCUCUAUUUUUGUCUCAUCAGACCACAUGACCUUCUCCCAUUCCUCCUCUGGAUCAUCCAGAUGGUCAUUGGCAAACUUCAGACGGGCCUGGACAUGCACUGGCUUGAGCAGGGGGACCUUGCGUGCGCUGCAGGAUUUUAAUCCAUGACGGUGUAGUGUGUUACUAAUGGUUUUCUUUGAGACUGUGGUCCCAGCUCUCUUCAAGUCAUUGACCAGGUCCUGCCGUGUAGUUCUGGGCUGAUCCCUCACCUUCCUCAUGAUCAUUGAUGCCCCACGAGGUGAGAUCUUGCAUGGAGCCCCAGACCGAAGGUGAUUGACCGUCAUCUUGAACUUCUUCCAUUUUCUAAUAAUUGCACCAACAGUUGUUGCCUUCUCACCAAGCUGCUUGCCUAUUGUCCUGUAGCCCAUCCCAGCCUUGUGCAGGUCUACAAUUUUAUCCCUGAUGUCCUUACACAGCUCUCUGUUCUUGGCCAUUGUGGAGAGGUUGGAGUCUGUUUGAUUGAGUGUGUGGACAGGUGUCUUUUAUACAGGUAACGAGUUCAAAGAGGUGCAGUUAAUACAGGUAAUGAGUGGAGAACAGGAGGGCUUCUUAAAGAAAAACUAACAGGUCAGUGAGAGACGGAAUUCUUACUGGUUGGUAGGUGAUCAAAUACUUAUGUCAUGCAAUAAAAUGCAAAUUAAUGACUUAAAAAUCAUACAAUGUGAUUUUCUGGAUUUUUGUUUUAGAUUCUGUCUCUCACAGUUGAAGUGUACCUAUGAUAAAAAUUACAGACCUCUACAUGCUUUUUAAGUAGGAAAACUGCAAAAUCGGCAGUGUAUCAAAUACUUGUUCUCCCCACUGUAUGUAAGUUCCCUGUAUGUAUAGCAUAUACAGGGACUUGCAAUUUUCACCCUUCUCUGUCAUUUUGGAGAGCAUUGUUUUUAUCAUAGGAUUUCUAUCUUUAUACUGUAUGUCUGUGGUGAUUGUGGCUUAUCUCCAGUCCAUAUUUCUGGUGUCUUCAGGGACCUGUAUCAACAACACAUCUGUCAUGAUGUUCAAAAAGGGAAGUUUUGAAAUCGGAGGGACAAUAUACCCAGUAGCCAUAAAGGUAAGGCGUCAAUAUCAGGGCUUCUGUUCAGUAGUUGACUUUUACCUAAAUCACAGAAAAAUGGCAUUGGGAAAGUUUCAUUUAAAAAAGUUGGCACAGCUUUUGAAGAGGUGUUUUGUCAACUCUGGGACCGUCUCCCUCCCUCAGUAUGACCCUCAGUUUGGGGAUGCAUUCUGGAACAGUGCCAAGUACAACAUGGUGAGCUACCUGCUGAGGAUGAUGACCAGCUGGGCUAUAGUCUGCAACGUCUGGUACCUGCCAGCCAUGACCCAACAGGUGUGUAUGCAACACACACACACACAAACAAACAAACAAACAAACCUGCCAGCCAUGCACCAAGUGCCACUGACCUAUUUCCUAUUUUCACAGGAAGGGGAGGAUGCUGUCCAGUUUGCCAACAGAGUCAAGUCUGCAAUCGCACAUCAGGGGGGACUAGUGGACCUGUCCUGGUAAGAAUAUCCUUCCGUCCUUCUAUAAGGAUUUUCUGAUAAUUCACUAGAGCCUAGGCAUAAACAUUUGACAGCCUAACUGCCUCACACUGGACUGUAUUUGACCUAGGCAGUGAAUGGGAUUGUUUCGCUUGAGUGUGUUUUGUAAUCUUGUGUAUUUGUAUUAUGUUGUAUUUGUAAAUUGUGUAUAUGCAGGGCUCCCUUGUAAAAGAGACCUUGGUCUCAAUGGGACUCCUUGCUAAAAUAAAGGUGAAACAAAACAAAAAAAGGCACGCAUAAUUUCCGUAGUUUCUCUUGAGCACAGAUAUGUUUGUUUCCUAGAGAACAUACAUUCUUAGAGAACAUGGGUCCUGUGUGGCUCAGUUGGUAGAGCAUUGGCGCUUGCAACGCCAGAGUUGUGGGUUCGAUUCCCACAGGGGACCAGUUUGGAAAAAGUAUGAAAACUGUAAGUCGCUCUGGAGAAGAGCGUCUGCUAAAUGACUAAAAUGUAAAUGUUUGUUCCCGUGUAGGGAUGGGGGCCUGAAGAGGGCCAAGGUGAAGGAUGUGUAUAAAGAGGAGCAGCAGAAGAUGUACAGCAGCAUGGUGGUUGGGAGUGAGGAGGACAACAGCAGUCACAGCGAC